UAGCCGCUCCCCAUUUCUCUCUCUCCUCUCUCUUUCUCUCUCUAGAAGAAGAAUCUAAUUGUUCACUCUUCUUCUUCUUCUUCUUAAUUUUUAUUUAAUUUAGGUUUAGAAAAACAAAAUUCAGUGUGAUUCAGAUAACGAAGAGAAAAUAGUCGGCUAUGGCAACCCUUAUUCCUCCCUCACCCGCGACGGCGACGACUCAUCCAGCUGCCGGUCCAACAAAUCCGACCGCCACCGAGCAGCCGAAAGUGGAUUACUUAAAUCUCCCUUGCCCCAUUCCGUAUGAAGAAAUUCACCGCGAAGCUCUUAUGUCCUUGAAGCCAGAGCUCUUUGAGGGAUUGCGCUUUGAUUUUACGAAAGGGCUCAAUCAAAAGUUUUCUCUGAGCCAUAGCGUUAUGAUGGGACCUACUGAAGUUCCUUCUCAGUCAACCGAAACGAUUAAAAUUCCCACCGCUAACUAUGAAUUUGGCGCUAACUUUAUAGACCCAAAGUUGAUGCUUUUCGGGAGGGUAAUGACAGAUGGGAGAUUAAAUGCAAGACUGAAGUGUGAUUUGACUGAGAAUCUUACUCUCAAGGGCAAUGCUCAACUUACGAAUGAGCCACAUAUGUCACAUGGCAUGUUCAAUUUCGAUUAUAAGGGAUCAGACUAUAGAACUCAGUUUCAACUGGGGAAUGGAGCCUUAUUUGGUGCAAGUUACAUCCAGAGUGUGAGUCCUCAUUUAUCCUUGGGUGGUGAAGUAUUCUGGGCUGGUCAACACAGGAAAUCUGGCAUUGGUUAUGCUGCGCGUUACAACACUGACAAGAUGGUCACAACCGGACAAGUUGCUAGUACUGGUAUGGUUGCUCUAAGCUAUGUUCAGAAAGUAUCUGAAAAGGUUUCUUUAGCAUCAGACUUCAUGUACAACUAUAUGUCUCGGGAUGUUACUGCCAGCUUCGGAUAUGAUUACAUCCUCCGGCAGUGUCGUUUAAGAGGCAAGAUUGAUUCUAACGGUGUCGUUGCUGCUUUCUUGGAAGAGCGGUUUAAUAUGGGUCUUAACUUUCUUCUCUCUGCUGAGAUAGAUCAUAAGAAGAAAGACUACAAGUUCGGGUUCGGAUUGACAGUGGGAGAAUAGAAUAGAAACGAAACACGAAAGGCAUAUUCACUCUGUUUCAAUUUAAGAUGUUUGUUGCAAGUAUGAGAGGAUGGAUGGGGAGAUUUUUCUCCAGAUAAGAAUCAAAGAAUCGAUUUUGUUUUUUUUCUCUGAGUUGAAUUAUCAUUUACUCGUUGCAACAGAAUCACUUGUAGUUGAUUUUGCAGGUUGGAGAUAAUAUUAUUAUUGAUUCCCCAAAGAUACUUUUUAUUGUUAUGCAUACUUGGUGAAAUAGUGAUACACUUAAUUGUGUGCUUGCACUAAUAAUAUCUUACAAUUUUUUUUUUUA